AGGCACACGCUCCAAUUAGUGUUCAUCAACCGCUUUCUGUGUGACACACACAGUGAUUCUGGGCCAGUCUCCGUCCCUUGGAGGACGUCACCUAGCCGUGAGAGAGAGCAGGAAAAAAGACAGAGGAGUAUUUAUAGAAGAAAAUGGGGGCCCUUUUUGGAGAGAGGUUUUAUUAAGAAGCGGAGUAGAGCGAGGGCGUCCCAGUUUUAUCAUUAACACUGUGCAAACGGGCUGCAGGACUGCAAGGACACACUCUGGGAGGACAUUCUGGAGUAACUCUGUGACAAGUCUUCAUGUACUGUCACCCUUUUCUUGUGUUGCGGUGGCAGUGUGGAUGACUCUGUAGAGGACUCUGUGGAUGACUCUGUGGAGGACUCUAAAGAUGGGGUAUUUUGAAUUGACAACCCCUCUUGUUUGAAUGGGGGCUGUUGGUAUGGUCCAAGGGGGGCUUUUUUACUGUACAGCCUUGUUGGAUACUAGCUCACAGAUAGGCCACCUGCAGUUUGAUACAAGAUGAAGAAAUUUCUACACAACGAGAAAGGCAGAUACUCUUUCAGGAACCAGAACAAGCCUGCUGUUCCUCGCUAUCCAUCUAAAGAUGACUUCAUCGCGAUGCCGACAUCCAAUCAGGGCUGGCCAGAGGAGUUUGGCUUCCAGCUACGAGGAAGUGGUCCUAGCUACAUCCUGUCAGUGGAGGAGGGGAGCAGUGCCUACCUGGCGGGGCUGCAGCCAGGUGACCAGGUGCUGGAGAUCGAGGGCCAGAAUGUGUCCACUCUGGGCGUCCAGGCUGUCAUCUCCAUCGCUCAGACCCAGAGGAACAUCCCUCCCAGCGUCGGAGUGGUGUCUCGCAUCCAGCAGAUGGACAUCACCCCGGGUCCUGACGGUCAUUUUGGCUUCACCAUCGUGGGAGACUGCCCCCUCCUGGUGGAGGACUGUUCCCCCUGCUCUCCGGCGGGACGGGGUGGCCUGCGGGCCGGUGACUACGUCAUGGAGGUCAACGGGAUCCCGGUGAGGCAGCACGAGAUGGCGGCGGCACUGGUCAAGGCGUCCCAGGGGCGUACGCUGAGGCUGGGAGUGCUGUGUCUGGGGCCUAGACAGAAAGUACGCAGCAGUGGGAGUAUGGAUGGGAUACAGCCUGGAGGAGACGGGAUGAGGAAGGACCGCAAACAUAAGGCCCUGGAGUUCAACAGGAAGAUUGACCAGAUUUUGGGGGAGGAGCCUGAGGUGAAGGAGAGGCUGUUUGCGGUGCUGAAGCAGUAUGCUGCGGAGAAGAAGGUUGAUUGGCUGGCCUCUGUCCUCCCAGACAUCCUCACCACUGACGAGCAGCAGACGCUCAUCGGCAACAUCAGGAUCUUCAUCCCCAAGAAGCACCGACAGCGGUUCGACGAGGCCGUGUCCCAGAGCCUGAUCCAGAAGAUCUGUCGCAGUAAGAGCAUUAGCGAGCCGGGCCGGCAGGGCCGUCUGAGACGUAGCCGCAGCGAGGACCACCCUGACCGCCAGCACAGCUCCAAACGGGCCAGCUCAGUACCUCGGGAUCCUGGGGAGGACGGAGGGGGACAGGAGAGAGGAGGGAGGGGGUACAGGAAGUCCACGUCGGGCAAACCUGGGCAUCAAUCAGAAGCCAAUCAGAGCCUCCGUGCUCCCCCAAGGACAGUGAGGGUUUACAGAGGGAAGAAGAGUUUUGGGUUCACCCUGAGAGGCCAUGCCCCUGUCUGCAUUGACUCUGUCAUCCCAGACAGCCCCGCUGAAGACUGUGGUCUCAAACCAGGCGACCGCAUCCUUUUCCUCAAUGGACUGGACAUGAGAAACUGUUCCCAUGAGAAGGUGGUGUCCAUGCUGCAGGGCAGUGGGGCCAUGCCCACCCUGGUGGUGGAAGACGGACCCUCUGGUUACUCCCACUCUGACCAGAGUGACCAGGAAGACUCUCCCACAGGCUUGGCCCCUGUCGUGGCCCCCAGGUCCCGCUCCCGCUCCCCGGUCCCCCUCAGCUCCCUGCAGUGGGUGGCUGAGAUCCUGCCCCCCAGCAUCAGGGUCCAUGGUCGCACCUUUAGCCAGCAGCUGGAUCAUCUCCUGACGGUGCAGGAGAGAUACACCAUCUGCAAGGCCCUGGAGACCUUCUUCCAACAGAGGAACGUGGACACCCUGAUUGUUGAUGUGUUCCCGGUGUUGGACACUCCGGCCAAGCAGGUGAUCUGGCAGUUCAUCUACCAGCUGUUGACCUACGAGGAGCAGGAACACUGUCAGAGCAAGAUUUCACGCUUCCUUGGCUUUAAAACCGCAGCGGCAACAGAGCCAGGUGCAGGACAGGAGCACCACAGGAGGAGCAGCUCAGUGCGUGUGUCAGGCACCUCCCACAGAGGCACCGUACAGGAGAGGAGCUCUGAUGACUGCAUCAUCAGAACACACCUGGGAAUGGGGAUUCAUGUGGCUGCAGCAGGGAGUGGGAGUGGGACACCCGGAGAGAGACAGUGUGGAGAUGGCACCUCCUUCCCAGAGUCCCCUGACCUGAAUCAUAUGUCAGGAGUGUACACGGAACUGGAGAGUGUGUACACAGGGAAGAGUGCUGUGAAGGCCAUGCAGCAGAAUCACAGUCGCUGCUCUCCACUGACCCAGCCUGACCGAGAGGAGCUGGGACAGACUGACGCCUAUGGCCAGUCUCCAGCUCGCUCCUCUCUCAGUCAAGGUAGCACAGGGAACCGUAAAUCAGGUCUGUCUCUGACAUGGAAGGAACCUCUACCCGACCCUCUGUAUGAGUUCUACCACGGGGGAAACAUCCCCUCUCCGGGCAGCGCUGACUCCAAUCCCUAUGUGAGCCUGGAGAGCCCGCCUCCAUCCCCCCAGAACUCUGACGACCCCACCAGCCCCCUGUCCAGACGCAGGAAGCUUUUCACCUUCUCCAGACCCCCCCGGAGCAGGGACACUGACAAGUUCCUGGACGCUCUGAGCGAACAGCUGGGACACCGUGUCACUCUGGUGGAAGACUUCCUCCCUGGAGAGAAUGACUAUGAGGAGAUGAGUUUCCAGGAUGAGCAGGAGGUGAGCUACCUCCCCCGUCAGCUGAGCAGUGCCAGCAGUGAGGACAUCAGCAGCAACGAUGAGGCCACCUCCCCCACAUACUCCUCCGGGUCAGAACACAUCCCCAUCCCCCCACCCCCGCAGAGCGCCCCGCCACCCCCGCCCUUACCCACCCCCUUACCCCCGCCACCCUUCGGCUUCUCCGACCCCCUCCCCAUUACCCCUGUCCUCUCCCACUUCUCCCCAGAACACAUCCCCCGGGCGCGCAUGUCCUUCCAGCCGCAGCACCCCAUCAUCCCCCCUCCCCCGCCUCCUCCACGGGCCUUCACGUACAACAGGCCGUCCCUACACAAGGUGCUGCCGACCAGAGAUGAGCUACAGGGCUGUGUCCACCACCAGGCUACUCAGAUGACUCUCCCCCUGGGCCCUCGCUACUCUCCCCAGCCUUCUCGCCCCAGGAACCUGCCCCGCCAGGCCAGCCAGCCUCAGCCCCUGACCCAGCCCAUCCUAUGUCCCCAGCCCUCCCCUCAGCCCAACAGGCAAAGCCAGCUCACCCUCCAGAGGCACCAACAGCUUCACCACCAGCCCUACCAGCCCCAGCUGAGCCACAGCCUGCCCCCUCAAGCCCCUCACCUGUCCCAGCCCCAGAGUCACCCUCCCCAGCCCCCUCACUCACAGACCUAUGAGACCCCUAUCUCAGUGUCAGAACUCCAGAAACACAAGGUCCCCCCACCACCCCCUCCACCACUGCCUCCCCCCUGCGACCCGCCUCCGCUGCCCAAUUCCAGUCCCUGUGCUGGGGACACCAACUACAUGAGUGUGAAGAGACUGCGCUGGGAGCAGGUGGAGAACUCUGAGGGAACCAUCUGGGGACAGCUUGGAGAGGACCCCGACUAUGACAAACUGAGUGACAUGGUGAAAUAUCUCGAUCUAGAGAUGCACUUUGGUACCCAACGGAGUUCCAUCUCUCUUCCAGAGCCAGCCUUCCUGCCCGAGAGCUUUAAAAAGAAAGACGUGGUGGAGAUUCUGUCUCAUAAGAAAGCCUACAACGCCUCCAUCCUGAUCGCCCACCUGAAGCUGUCUCCAGGUGAGCUGCGCCAGGUGCUGAUGACUAUGAGCACCGACAGACUGGAGCCGGCCCACAUCAAGCAGCUGCUGCUCUACGCCCCCGAUGACCAGGAAGUCAAACAGUACCAAUGCUUCGACCAGAACUCCGCCAAACUCAGCAACCCUGACCAGUUUGUCCUGCAGAUGCUGAUGGUCCCUGAGUAUAAGACUCGUCUGCGGAGCCUCUAUUUUAAGACAACCCUGCAGGAGAAGACAGAGGAGAUGAAGGCUGGAUACGAAUGGAUCUACAGGGCCUCGGUAGAACUCAGGAGCAGCAAGAAACUGGCCAAGAUCCUCGAGUUUGUGCUGGCAAUGGGGAAUUACCUGAACAAUGGUCAACCCAAGACAAACAAAACCACUGGCUUUAAGAUCAACUUUCUCACCGAGCUCAGCACCACUAAAACGGUGGAUGGUAAAUCCACCUUCCUCCACAUUCUUGCCAAAUCGCUAUGCCAACACUUCCCAGAACUGUUGAACUUUGCCAGGGACCUCACAACCGUGCCACUCGCAGCCAAAGUGAAUCAGCGUAUCCUGACAGCUGAGCUGGCUGACCUUCACUCCACCAUCCAGGACAUCAGGACAGCUUGUCAGAAGAUCCCUGCCACGGCCGAGGAUCACUUCGCUGCCGUCAUGACUGGCUUCCUGGAGAACAGUCACCCAGUGGUUCAGUCUCUGGACUCUCUGCAGCUGAGAGCCAUGGACGAGUUCACUAAGGUGGCCUCGUACUUCGGAGAGGACAGCAAGGCCACCUCCACUGAGGCCUUCUUCGCCAUUUUUGCUGAGUUUACUUCCAAGUUUGAGAGAGCACUGAAUGAGACCCAGGCCACUGAGAACCCCUGCAGCCCCAGAGUGCCCUCUCCCCUGGCCUGGUAGAAUAAGACCCAGGCCACUGAGAACCCCUGCAGCCCCAGAGUGCCCUCUCCCCUGGCCUGGUAGAAUAAGACCCAGGCCACUGAGAACCCCUGCAGCCCCAGAGUGCCCUCUCCCCUGGCCUGGUAGAAUAAGACCCAGGCCACUGAGAACCCCUGCAGCCCCAGAGUGCCCUCUCCCCUGGCCUGGUAGAGACUGGAUAGCUCCUCUGCUCUCCUGAACCAAAGUGCCAAGACAACACAAAGAAACAGUCACAGCUACUGGGACACAAACAACAUGAUCUUCAACACUGCGGAAUGCCGUAGGGCCAGGAGUUUUUCCUGACCAUGUGAUCUGACCAAAAGAACUCUCAGCCAAAGGGUCCAGAGUUUUUCCUGGGAAGGUCAAGUAGCUCUAUAUGUUCAGAUAACAUGAGUAUAUCUUUUAUAUUGGAUUGUAUUAAAUUGAAAUGAUAAUGGAAUUGUAAAGAUAAAGCAUAGAUGUACAGGUAACUGCCAAAAUAAAUGAAACACCAACAUAAAGUGUUUUAAUAGGGCGUUGGGCAACCACGAGCCAGAACAGCUUCAAUGCACCUUGGCUUAAAUUCUACAAGUUGUUAUAACUAUAUUUGAGGGAUGCUACACCAUUCUUCCAUGAGAUAUUCCGUCUUUUGGUGUUUUGUUGACGGUUGUGGAAAACACUGUCUCAUGUGCUGCUCCAGAAUCUCCCAUAAGUGUUCAAUUGGGUUGAGAUCUGGUGACUGACAGUGACACAUACACACACAGCCACACACACACACACACACUUUAGCCAUGGUAGCCGUAAUAAUGGGCAACUGGGCAUUUUUAUACAUGACCCUAAGCAUCAUGGGAUGUUAAUUGCUUAAUUAACUCAGGAACCACACCUGUGUGGAAGCACCUGUUAUCAGUAUACUUUGUAUCCUUCAUUUCCUCAAGUGUUUCCUUUAUUUUUGGUAGUUGCCUGUAUAUGUAAAUGACCAUGACAUUUUAGAUGGCCGAUAGUCAAGACAUAUAUGAAUUUUAUCUAGAGCUGAGCGCUAUUUUUACAGAUGGACUUGAUCUGCAAAGUGUCCUACAACAGAAACACAUAAUCACUGCCUCGUAGAUUGUGAUGAUAGAAUGCUGUAUAAACUUACCUAGAAGCAUUACAUUGGCAUGACAAACGUACUGUGAAUUGUUAUUACAACAUUUAGAAGCUUUCUGGUGCCAAUGUAAUUGCAGUCAUCCUAACAUUUGGCAUUUCAAAACUUGCUCUGGGCAGGGGAAACAAAAAUAAUACCACUCUCCUAAGUGUUUUAAAAGUGUUUUACAGUAUGAAGAGCAUACAUGAAAUACAAGGGUUAACCCACUGGGGCUAAUAUAUGAAUAGCUGCUAACUGAAAGACAUCAAUCCAUUUUAGCAUUGAGUGGUCCAGGCGGCUCUUGCGGUCACUGUGGUUGUUACUGAUGAACCGUCCAUUCCACUGCCAUAACUUUCACCUGUAUCAACAGUCUUGUUUUAGAACAAAUAUUCACUGUUUGCUAGUGUGUAUUUAAAGCUGUUUUUAAUGUAUUUAAUGUGUUUCUACUUUCCCUCCAUAAUUCCUUUUCACAUAUACAUUUCGUCAGAGCUGCCAUCAUGAAAAUACAAACAUAUUUAUUUACAGACCUGUUGUACCAGGCUUGCAAUUUGUCAUCAUGUUAAAAAAGACACGGCUACAUAUUUAAAUCUUGCCACAAGUGCAGUACCGUUUUAUGACAAGCAUUUGCAUGUUGCUAUCUAUAGGUGUUAAAUUGAUUGUACAUCUGGAUUUGUUUACUUUUAUUGUAUUCUCACAAGUUGGGUCUAAAAUGUAGACCUAUUAUAACUCUAGAUCAAUUUAAGUUUGUUAAUGUAUUUAAAUGUUCAUUUUGUAUAGCUUAAGUGUGUUUUGUCUAUGUUUUCAUUGAUAUUAAUGGAGUACUUUGUAUAGUUCAAAAUGUAUUUACUUUUUAUGUUGGCCAUGUGGUUCCUUCUGGAUCAGUUGUACUUGUUUUGGAUCUAUAAAAAUACAUAAAUGCUUGACAAAUAAA